UCGAAAAUGCGGUUGUGAAAUUCCAAGGUGUGUUUACAGAAGCCAUGGGAGACGACUUAGGAGACGAGUGGUGGGCUCAAGGCGAGGAUUUAGGUGAAUCAGGUGGGGAGGACGCACACGACACCCCGGCCGAGCCAGAAGAACCUGAGGAGAAAGCAGCAAAGAAAAGAAAACUUAAAACACAGGAGCCCGACAAAGUCAACAGGAAGAAGACCGUACAGAAAGAAGGCAUCGUUCCAAAACAGAAAGCCCAGCCAGAGGAGAAGAAAGAGGCCGGAAAGCCCAAGAAAAGACGAAAGAAGAAGACCAUCACAGAUGUCUUGGCGACGUCGGCGCCCGCACCCGGCUCUCCGGCUGACCUGAGGAGCCUCGUGAGGAGCCAUUUCAGCGGCGUACGAUCCGUUAUCGAACAGGAGGAGCUCGAUCUGCCGGAGUCGUGUUUUCUGAUGAGUAACGACCUCACGCACAGCUUGUCGUCCUUCCUCAAAGAAGUUUGUCCCAAGUGGGCUAAAGUACAGAAGCAGCACACGCAGACGCGCUCGGUCGUGCUGCUCAUCGUCUGUAGCUCCGCCCUGCGGACCAUCGAACUCAUCAAGCAGCUGACUACAUUUAAGGGCGAAGCUAAAGUGCUAAAGCUCUUCGCCAAACACAUCAAAGCCGAGGAUCAGAUGAAGCUGCUGAGUAAAAGCGUGGCUCACAUCGGUGUGGGUACUCCUGGCAGACUGAGCACGCUGAUCGAGAAAGAGGGAUUGAGCCUGCAGGGAUUGAGAUAUCUUGUGCUCGACUGGAACCACAGAGACCAAAAACAGAGGCGGAUGGUGGACAUACCAGAGGUAAAAGGAGAACUUCUCAAACUUAUGGAAACCAGCAUCAUCAAGAAGUGUCAAGAAGGAGCAGUUAAAAUAGCACUGUUCUGAGUGUGUGUCUUCCCGACCACGUCCACACACACACACACACACACCUCUGAUCUGCGUUGUUUUUGUUUGUUUUUUUUUAUUUAUGUGAAGCUUUGUUCUAUAUUUCAGUGCUGUGUUAAAGCCAGCUGUGUGUCUAGUGUAGAAGCACACACUCCACUAGAGUGCUCUAAAAAUAAACUCAUCUGAUUGGACAAAA